GUCCGUGCGGCUACGCUAUUGGACCAGCCGCCCUAGUUUGGUGAUUGAACCCUACCUGGCCACAUCGAAAUGGCACCGGCUCUCCUACACCAGCAGGGCGCAGGUCGCGUCAGGGGCUUCACUUCAGCGCAUGCUAAGGGCUGCCGCGUGAAGGUCUCUGUUCCUGCCCGCGUGUCAGUCAUGGCCCAGGCGACUAGCGCCCCGGAUGCAUCGACAACGGAUAACACUAGGAAGCUGUGGGGAGGCCGCUUCACUGGUAAGACGGACCCGCUCAUGGAAAAGUUUAACGAGUCCCUGCCUUUCGACAAGCGCCUGUGGGCCGAAGAUAUUAAGGGCAGCCAGGCGUACGCCAAGGCUCUGGCCAAGGCGGGCAUCCUGACGCACGAGGAGGCCGCCACCAUUGUGGAGGGGCUGGGCAAGGUUGCGGAUGAGUGGGCCGCGGGCGCCUUCACCGUGAAGCCGGGCGACGAGGACAUCCACACCGCCAACGAGCGACGCCUCACGGAGCUGGUGGGGCCGGUGGGCGGCAAGCUGCACACCGGCAGGUCGCGGAACGACCAGGUUGCCACCGACUACCGGUUGUGGCUGGCGGGCCAGGUGGCGGUGAUGCGGGGGGAGCUGCAGGAGCUGAUCCGGGUGGCGGCGGACAGGUCGGAGGCGGAGGUGGAGGUGCUGAUGCCGGGUUUCACGCACCUUCAGAACGCCAUGACGGUGCGGUGGAGCCACUGGCUGAUGUGCCACUGCUCCGCCUGGCAGCGGGACGACAUGCGGCUGCGCGACCUCACGCCGCGGGUGGCAACACUGCCGCUGGGCUCGGGCGCCCUGGCCGGCAACCCCUUCCUGGUGGACCGCCAGUUCAUUGCGGCGGAGCUGGGCUUCAGUGGCGGGGUGUGCCCCAACUCCAUGGACGCGGUGUCCGACCGCGACUUUGUGAUCGAGACCAUCUUCGCGGCCAGCCUGCUGUGCACCCACCUGUCGCGCUGGGCUGAGGACCUCAUCAUCUACUCCUCCGGCCCCUUCGGCUACGUGCAGUGCAGCGACGCAUACGCCACCGGCUCCUCACUCAUGCCGCAGAAGAAGAACCCGGAUGCGCUGGAGCUCAUCAGGGGCAAGGGCGGCCGUGUUGCGGGCAACCUGAUGGGCGUGCUGGCGGUGCUCAAGGGCUGCCCCACCACCUACAACAAGGACUUCCAGGAGUGCUGGGAGCUGCUAUUCGACACGGUGGACACGGUGCACGACGUGGUGCGCAUCGCGACCGGGGUGCUCAGCACCAUCAAGAUCCGGCCGGAGAAGAUGCGCUCGGGCCUGUCCGCCGACAUGCUCGCCACCGACCUGGCCGAGUACCUGGUGCGCAAGGGAGUGCCCUUCCGCGAGACGCACCACCACAGCGGCGCGGCGGUCAAGAUGGCGGAGGACCGGGGGGUGACGCUGUUCGACCUGAGUGUGGACGACCUGAAGACCAUCCACCCGCUGUUCACGGAGGAUGUGGCGGCGGUGUGGGACUUCAACCGCAGUGCGGAGAUGCGAGACACCGAGGGCGGCACCAGCAAGCGCUCCGUGCUGCAGCAGGUGGAAAAGAUGAGGGCCUACCUGGCGGCGGAGCAGCAGGCGGCAAAGUAGGCGGGGGCAAAGUAGGCGGCUGAGUAGGACAGAGGGGGGGCGGGGGCUGUCUUAAAGAGGAAGAAGAACCAUGCGUUGAAUGAACCACGCGUUGGGAGGGAGGAGGAGCACUACAGAGCAAGUAGGGCAUGGGUGGGUUGCACCCGGAUUGAAGAGGAGGAAAGGGAAAAGGGUGUGUACGACACGAUAAGGCGGAGCAGCAGAGGAGGAAGGUGGUAGUGUGCUAGUGUCGAUAGGAUUAGUCAAGAGGGGUGUCUGCUGGAACGUGGAUGCCACCUGUGUGCCGACGAUGCGGCAGGAGGUCAGCAGCAGGAUGUGCCUGCGUACGGUGGCGCGUACGGCUGCCGUAUGUAUCGGAGCCAGGCAGUCGCUGAGCUCCUGUCGUACUACGUUUUGGGUUUUUGUGGGCAGCGGUAAGAGGGCUUCGUGAUCCCUGGGUGCCCCCUAUGGAGCGAGAGCAAACAGUAGGAAUGUCGUCCUGUUCUGCUGGGCUUAGCAGGUGUCAGCAGGCGUGUAACAGAGGGGCUGGUGGUUAGGCGGGCCAGGGUCGCAUCUUUUGUCGGGCAGGUGCGCAGCAGCUUAUCGCGGUGAAAUCCCGCGCAGUGGAUACCAGUAGCGCCCCCUCUCCCGGCUUGACAACAUAGCGUGCGAGGAGAGAUACGGACCCAUGCGCGCGUUGAUUAGGGUUCUUUCUGGGUCGGCUGCGGCAGGUAGGGCGGUGGAUGCCUCCUCCAACCGAGUUGGCUCUCAUGUGGACCAGACGUAGGGAGUGGCCGAAAAGAGUAAAUGUACCGGAUUGUAAUUACUGGUGGCGGGCGGGUUCUGUGUCGGAUCCGACCAACUGGUGCUGCUGUCGUAAAGAAGCGGUGGUAGAAACCGCUGGCAAGAUUGUAAUGCAACCUAAAUUUG